UCCGUCCCAGUGCAAUGCACUCGGUGCAGCUCCCCUGCAGCGGCUAGACAAACCCGCGUCUCUAUAAAAGGGAGGCGUGAUUACGCGCAAAUACAAUCCGGCGCCGACGACGCCGACGCCACCAUAUGGGACCCUGAGACUCCUGAAACAACUGCAAUCAUGAGAGUAAUAUUAUUGAUGUGCUUCGUGGCGCUGGGAGCCGGCGCGCCGCAGCAGAAGGCUUCGGACCAGGCCGCCGCGAUCAUCAAACAGGACUUCGAUCAGCAGGUCGAUGGCUCCUACCGUUACAGCUUCGAAACAGAGAACGGCAUAAAAGCAGAGGAGACGGGCACGCUGAAGAAGGCAUCAGGGCCGGACAGUAAUGACGUCAUCAUCGCGCAGGGUGGCUUCAGCUACACGGCGCCAGAUGGCACCGUCAUCAACCUCAAUUACAUCGCUGAUGACGAGAACGGAUUCAAGCCUGAGGGCGCUCACCUGCCGACACCCCCACCGAUACCGCCGGCGAUCCAGAAGGCCCUAGACUAUCUGGCCACACUGCCUCCACCGCCCCCAGGCCGAAACUAACACUUCGGAACACUCCAACGACUGCAACUCGUCCUCAACGACCCGCUAGACCGUUUUGUAAACAGCCAAACAAAAAAUAAGGCUUCUUUGAACCGAUUUUAGAUCAUUGCUGGCUAUGAAGGAGCAACGAAUUGAAUCGAUCAACCAAAUGCCGCAAUGUACCGCAAACGCUUGCGAUUAUCGGUGACGUUUGUAGAGGCCAAUAGAGAUAUUUUAGUUCCUAAUUGUAGACGAAGGCUUGACAAAACGGUCGUAGAAAUAAUGUAUAUUCAAGCAGCAAUAAAUAAAACAAAAAAAUGCGACUGAUCUGUGAUAAGCGAAGAUAGCUCGAGAGUUUUUAUACAAUGUAAAUGUUUUUUUAUUUAUUAAAUUAAAGCAAAGUCAGUGCCAAAGAUGCAUUGCAAAACAA